UUUUUCACCAACUGAUGAUUGUUUCUGUGUGCUACUGUGCAACUCUGCUCGACGCUGACUCUCGUGCCUUCUCACCGCUGCUAUUUCACCGUUGCAAUGUCCACAACGUCACAGACAAAGGAACUUUUCAGACGAGCAGAAGCUGUCUGUUUCGAUGUAGACAGCACAGUCAUCAAGGAAGAAGGCAUCGAUGAACUGGCUAAAUUCUGCGGCGUGGGGGACGCGGUUACCGAAAUGACUCGUAAAGCCAUGGGUGGCUCAAUGACUUUCAAAUCAGCCUUGACUGAGCGCCUCGCUGUCAUCAAAUGUUCCAGAGAACAAGUCAACAAACUGAUCACUGAUCAUCCGCCACAGCUGACCCCAGGUAUCAGGGACCUUGUGGACCGCCUACACCAGCGCAACAUCAAGGUGUUCCUCAUCUCAGGUGGCUUCCGCUGCAUUGUUGAGCACGUGGCCACUCAGCUAAACAUUCCUCUUGAAAACGUCUACGCCAACCGACUCAAGUUCUACUUCAACGGUGAGUACGCCGGAUUCGACGAGAGCCAACCGACAGCUGAGAGUGGCGGCAAAGGAAAAGUCAUCAGCAUGCUGAAGGAAAAGUACGGCUUCAAGACAGUGGUGAUGAUUGGUGACGGAGCCACUGAUCUUGAGGCCAGCCCCCCAGCUAGCACCUUCAUCGGAUUCGGUGGCAAUGUUGUGAGGCCACAGGUAAAAGAGAUGAGUACUUGGUAUGUUACAAGUUUUGGAGAGUUGCUGAAAGAAAUGGAACAUAUUUGAAGAGCCUCAAAAGAAUACAUUCACACUUUUUUGUUGUUUACUAAUGUUAUUUGCACCAAAAGGUGUGUAUCUGAUGGUUUUAUCCAUUGUGCAUACUCCCUUUUAUGUCAAAUUUUUAAAUUAAUAACCAUGUUUACUUUAGGCCGACAAAUUCUACCUUUAUGUGGUUUCUACCAUCUUGAUUUUCUAUGCUAUAACAUACUAUAAAAUAUCCACUGUCUGCGUGGAGGUUAAAAAUAUUUUUGUUUCAGGCACUUUUUUAAGUCUAAGACUUACAAGCCUACACAGUGGGAAGUGCAAUGUGGGAAAAAAAAAAAACAAGAUUUUAAAUA